CUCAAAUUAUUUUGCUCCUAUAUCCAAUCAAAUGCAAACAUCGCCUGACGUAUUUUGGCAAUACACAGCAGACCAUCGUCAGUCACCCUAUCCUAGCCAAUACCCAUGCAAUAACAUUGGUCAGUGUGCUUAUUGGAGGAACUCUCCCUAUCCCACCACUGACCAAAUGCUCAUGCCAAGAGAGUGGUCCAACCCAUCACCUGACAGCUGUAGUUACCAGUUCUCYGCUAGUACAAUGGACACAAUUCCAGUACCAAACAUGUCUAUACAUGCAAUGAAUCAUGGGAUUCCUCAAUGGACAACAAACAGCGCAAGAGCAAAUUGUGAUUUCUCUAACAGUGCUGAUUCAUCAUUGAGUGAAAUUGUUAUGUCAGUAUAUGGUGACUUCAAUAACAGUAGGGAUGACCAAGGAUGCUUAGACCAUGACAUAAAAGCCUAUCAAAAUGAAGGAAAUGAAGUYCAAACAAAAUCCAAGAGAGACAAAAAGACAACAAGUCAUGACAUAAAGAAGAAACGWACUUCAAGGUCAAUGUCAAGAAAGCCAGAGGCAUACAAGAGGCAGAAAAAACUACAACGCGAAAGAGAAGGAAAUAUUAGAAAUGCUAUUCAAGAACUUAGCUCCAUACUGCCAACUGACGAUGACCCCAAAAAAUGGAGCAAAAACAUGAUACUGUUGAAGGCAAUAGAACAUAUCUACCAGCUGAAAAUAAGACUGGGAGAAAAAACAGUGAAGGAGAUCGARAAGAGCAUGUCUGAAGUUAAUUCAUCAGUAGAAAGCAAGCAAGAUGGAAAGAAAAAACCCAAAGAAAAAAGAGAACCUAAAAAGAGAAAGGUAUCCGCUUCCACCAAGAAGACUAAAACUAAAUCUACAAAACUGAAUUCUCAGCCAAAAAGCACUCCUAAUUUCACUACCAUUAUUGUACCUAAGAAAAGCCAUGCACCUUCAUCAACUAGCUCUGAACAUGGUUCACUAUUAACAGAUCUGCUAACACCAUCUGAAUCAUCAAUUGGUAGUGAUAGCAUGGAAAGUUCAUGUACUGAUGAUGGCAAUUAUGACCUUUGUAGUYACAUCAAAAGACCAAUGAAUGCUUUCAUGCUCUUCAGUAAAGAGAACAGAGAAAAGUUUAAGAAAAUGUAUCCAGGUCGUGACAACAGACAGAUAAGCACUAAACUUGGGGAGCACUGGAAGGGUAUGGACCAAGAUGAAAAGCUUCCCUUUCAAGACAUGGCAAGAGAACUAAUGCGUAAGACCAAGGAGACUUAUCCUGACUUCAAAUACUCCCCAUCUGAUCAACAAAAGACCGGCAGUGAAAACUGUAGUAGAGAAGGAAGUCCAAAGAAAGACUAUAGGUCAGUGAACUCUAACUAG